CACAAUCUCAAACUUUAAAAAACUGUUUUUACAUAUAAGCCCCCAAAACACAAUCAAAUUUACCGCCUACACCUCUAGAUCUGGGAACUCUGAACCUUUAGCCUGCAAUGGCGGCGGUGAGAACCACAGACGCUCUCGUCGCCGCCGUCUCCGUCGUCGUCCUCUCUCUCUUCUUCAACAACCUAAAGUCCAAAUCUUCUUCCUCCAAAAGCCCCAAACUUUCCGAAUCAAAGAAGAAAUCGAGGCAAGGCCUUGUCGGCGCUGUCGGCAACACUCCUCUGAUACGCAUCAACAGCCUCUCCGACGCCACCGGUUGUGAGAUUCUUGGGAAGUGUGAGUUUUUGAAUCCUGGGGGGAGUGUAAAAGACAGAGUUGCAGUGAAAAUUAUAGAAGAGGCUUUGGAAUCUGGAAAGCUUACUCCCGGUGGCGUAGUGACGGAGGGGAGUGCCGGAAGUACGGCCAUUAGCCUUGCUACGGUUGCUCCCGCCUAUGGUUGCAAGUGCCAUGUGGUUAUCCCAGAUGACGUCGCCAUUGAGAAGUCUCAAAUUAUUGAAGCCUUGGGAGCCACUGUUGAAAGGGUUAGACCGGUUUCAAUUACGCACCGAGACCACUAUGUCAAUAUUGCUAGACGACGGGCUUCAGAAGCAAAUGAACUAGCAGCAAAGGAUAAAAUAUCCGAACAAAUAGAUGGCAAAGAAGCAGAGCAACUCAAUGGUUACGUACCCAAUGGAGAGAAACAUAGUUCAUCUCGGUCGAUGAAUUGCAAAGGUGGUUUCUUUGCUGAUCAGUUUGAAAAUCUAGCAAACUUCCACGCCCACUAUGAAGGCACCGGGCCUGAGAUUUGGGAACAGACUAGAGGAAACUUAGAUGCAUUUGUGGCUGCAGCAGGAACUGGUGGUACUGUGGCUGGUGUUUCCAAGUUUCUGCAAGAAAAGAAUCCAAACAUCAAGUGCUACCUCAUAGAUCCUCCCGGUUCUGGUUUGUUCAACAAGGUGACGAGGGGAGUGAUGUAUACUAAACAGGAAGCAGAAGGACGAAGGCUGAAGAAUCCGUUUGAUACAAUAACCGAAGGAAUUGGAAUCAAUCGGAUAACUCAGAAUUUUAUGCAGGCAAAACUUGAUGGGGCUUUCCGAGGCACGGAUAUGGAAGCUGUUGAGAUGUCAAGGUUCCUCUUGAAGAAUGACGGUCUUUUUCUGGGGAGUUCUUCAGCGAUGAACUGCGUUGGAGCAGUCCGCGUGGCGCAGGCAAUUGGUCCAGGUCACACGAUUGUAACCAUAUUAUGCGACAGUGGAAUGAGGCAUUUGAGCAAGUUUCACAGUGCUGAUUAUCUGUCUCAGUUUGGUUUGACGCCCAAGGCAACUGGAUUGGAGUUCCUUGGCAUCAAUUAAUUGGAUGCCACUCUUUCCACCAUUAGAAUAAUUUGAAAUCUUGACAUGUUGUAUUUUGACUCUUUUCUCACACUUUGCCAAAAGAUUAAACUCGCUUUUGGCUACCAAAAGCAAAUACCAUUAUUCUUAUUUAGGAUAGGAAGCUCAUUAGAGAAUUACAACUUUGAGACACUUGAGCUCUAACAUUUUAUGGUUAAAUUAUUGUUUACUUUACAUCCUUUUCUUGUUCAAUACUAGAAAUAG